UCUUCAGCACCAUGGCCAUCAUCACUUCCACCUUACUUCCAUAGCCGCGCUGGCUCAUGCCCUCGCGGCCCGCCAGCUGAUGUAAUGAAGCACCAACUGUUCAUUGCGCUGCAGCACCACUUUCUGUUCGUGUGCGGCACAGGUCUGGACGCUCAACAACUUGCAUUGGACGCUCACGAGUUUGCUCUUCGCCAGGCAGGUGGCGCAGCAAGAGCCUCCAAGCAGCUGCAGCUGAGACAGGCCAACACCGAGAACGUGUCGGUCCUCGAUGCGCCUUCUGCAGACUGGAGUGCAUAGCUCAUUCGUGGACGUGGGCUAGAUUGAGGAAUGACAUCGAGUUCGAGCUGGACAUCGACCACGGCGGUCCAGCCGUGGUGAACAAGAUGGCGCUGGCUGUUCUGAACGGCUUCUGCCUUGGAGUUUUUGGUAUUGACCGAUGCUACGCCAGGCAAUUUACGUUAGGUAUCCUCAAGUGCGUCACGAUGGGUGGGUUCGGUAUUUGGUUUCUUGCCGACUUCAUUCUGAUUGGUGCGAAUUGUCUCACAAUGUCGCCAAGGUUAGAUGCUCUGGGAUUCGACGCUACUUUUGACAUUGACGAUCAACACCCUGCACUUCUGGUCACGAUCAUUUUCAUUUUGUGUCACUUUUUCUUCGGAAGUCUCCCCCUUCUGAGAUUCAAGUAGUGCCGCUGUGAACCGGCAACGUAGUCCUGCUUACGGUUCGUUAGUCUUUGGUUGGCCGAUGAGGACCAUAUUUUAUAGGUAUUCGCCGCUUUCUUAAAGCAUCGGCAUCUUAUUGUUUAACAGUAUCCCCACCUGCAUCCUCAUCGGUUCCAGUUCCGUUUCCUUGCUCCUCCCUCAUUCCCCUUCCUUUCUUCUCUUC